ACAGAUGACAUAUCACAUGCUACGUUCGCAAUUAUGGCUUACCAAAAAGAGUAAGCUGGUGUGGAAAAUGAUGAGCGCUAAGUAUGUAUAUGCGUGAUAUAGAUAGUGUUAUGACUGAAUUACUAAAGCCGUGUUAGGUAUAUACAAUAUUUAUGGCCUUAUGGGUACUUACUUGCUACCUAUAUCUGCAGUGCAUGCACGAGAACAGCGAUUGUUUUUUUACCUCUAUAUAAACCACCAUAAAUCAAACAAUAUUCUUCUUCUACAGUUAUUUAUAUGCCUAGCUCCAAUAGUCGUCAUUUGAUCCGAGUAACUUAAUAACAUCGACAGUCUCAAUCGAGUUCAAGAAUUGUUUAGAACGUUUCUGGCAAAUAUAAGGUCUUCUACUUAACUAAACUCUAUUUAUACAGUUAAAUUACAUAUUUCAUAGUACCUAUAUACACUAUAGUGGCCAUUAGAUAGAUACCUACUAGGUGUAGAAGGUUUAUAACAUAGUAAAUACCUAGACAGUUUGUUUUAAUAUUAUAUUGAGCAACAACUAUAAUCAUGGUUCAAUUCAGUAAUGUUCCCGUAGUGGGCCGUAAUGGAUAUAUUGAAGUCAAUACUGCAUUCCAAGACGACAUCUCUCCUCUAAAAGUAGAUCUUAUCUAUGGAACUUUUAGAUUGGAAGAUGGUAGUAACUAUUUGUUACCUGUGGUUAAGAGAGCAGAAAACAUGGUUGUAAAUGACACUUUGAAUCACGGUUACUUAUCACCCACAGGAAUUGAAGGUUUUACAAAAUCAGCAAGCCGUUUAUUAUUAGGUGAUAUUGAUCAACAGUGGAAAGACGGAAAGGUAUUUGGUGUUCAGAGCAUUGGUGGAGCCGGAGCUUUGAAAAUUGGAGCUGAAUUCUUAUCGCGGUACAUGAAUUGCACAACUGUUUGUUAUCCCGAUCCGUCAUGGGAAUUGCAUGGAACCUUGUUCUCGUUUAGUGGUUUUCGAAAUGAAAUACAAUAUCGUUACAUGAAUAAAGAAACUAUAGAUAUUGAUUUCGAAGGACUUUGUGAGGAUAUUUCUAAUGCUUCUGUUGAUUCAGUCAUAAUAUUGCACGUGUGUGGUCAUAAUCCAACUGGAUUGGACCUGACCAAAGAACAGUGGAAAACUAUUGCCGAAAUUAUGAAAGAACGUAAAUUGAUACCGUUCUUCGACAUUGCGUAUCAAGGAAUGGCGUCUGGAGAUAUUGAAGAAGACACCUGGCCCGUACGUUACUUCCAUAGUGAAGGGUUCGAAUUUCUAUGCGCACAAUCGUUUUCUAAGAUGUUCACUUUGUACAACGAACGAGUCGGAAACUUGACGAUUGUACAAAAAUCUGGCCACAACAUCAAUAGCCUUAAAGUUCACUUCGAGAGAAUAGUUAGAAGUCUCUACUCAAAUCCUCCAAACCACGGUGCUAGCACAGUUUUCAAAAUAUUAUCCAAUCCUGAACUAUAUGACGAAUGGCUGAGCAGUUCCAAAGCUAUGGCCGUUCAAAUGAUAGAACUAAGAAAAGCUUUUCGAAAAGCUCUUGAGGAAGAAGAUGCUCUUAGAAAAUGGAACCAUAUAACAGAUCAAAAAGGGAUGUUUAUAUUGUUACUAUUGACAGAUAGUCAAGUGGAAUACUUGAGACAUUUUCACCACAUUUAUAUGAUAAAAAGCGGACGGAUAAAUGUCACUGGACUGAAUUUCACAAAUAUUAGUUAUGUUGCUAAAGCGAUUAAUGAUACAUUGAGGAAAAACAUAUAAAAUGCUAUUUAGUAUGCCAUCCAGCACCCACCCACUUCACCAACUAUGUUGACACUGCUGUUAUAAGUUAUAACCCAUUUGUACUUAAACUUGUUUCAAUUGAUAGUUUUUAAUAAUUUUAAUAUUUUGGAAUGUUUAUUUAUAAAUUAUGAGUAAUUUGGUAAUAUAUUGUUAUUUGAUAUGUA